AAGAUGGGUAGCUGAUAUAUAAAAAAUAUAACAUAUUUACAAUCGACAUAUUUAUUAUUUAUUUUGACGAGCAAGUAUAUUUUUGGUAACCAUAAAAUUAUUGAAAUGCCGCCGAAAAAAGGAAAGAAGUUGAAAAAAGUAAAGCAAUGGGAAAAGAAAUCAGAGUUGAUAUUCGAGGAAGGGACUGAUGAAACUGAUGUCCUAGAACUUAACUUAUAUACGGAUAUAAAUGAUAACUUCUUUAACGAGGCCAGUCGGAUUGUUCAGUUUUUAAUGGAGGCAGAGCGGUUUUUCGAGGCAUCCCGUAUUAAGCGGUACGCUGAUAUAAUAUUUAAUUUGCACCGUCGUUAUGUGGAGGAAGUAAAUGACAAUGAAGUGCUGCGUCCUCAAAUAAUUUCUACUGAAAACAAAUUGCGUCUGGCACUUGAUUUGACUGCAACAUCUGAAGAGGCUCUACAAAAACUAAGGGAUACCCUUGGGGACGCCUGGAAGGAGUCCGACGCUUCGGCACUUCGAGAACAGUUGGUGCAAGAGAAACUUCAAGAAGUUUUAAUAAAAUGUGAAGGGAUCGGCGACCGAGACACUGGCAAAACAGAUGACGCAGCAGACUUUGUUUCCUUUAUAUUAAGUCCAACAGUAGAACGGAGUUGUUUCGGAAAAGGAAAUAGUUAUCAAAUCUAAUUAUUCUACUGAUCU